CUGACUGACUGAAGCGCUUCAUACUGCAGAGAGCGCUGCUGCUGUCAACGACACAACAUCCUAUUCAUACUCUCCAAUGAGCUCAGUGGAUAAAACAGCAGGUGAGCUCAUUCAAUGCAGUCAGUGCUUAACGGAGGACGAGUAAAAACUAUCCGGACAUCAUCAUGCCAUCCCGUAUACAAAGAUGCGCGCGCUUCACAUUAGUCAUCACUGGGACUUUAUCGUAAUGCGCUGCUGUGGACUUUUACAAAAUACCAGCUCACGCGUGUUGUAUAGUGUGUCUGUCCUCGUUCUAAGAACAUGACUUUGUGAUUUUUGCCUUUUUUUGAUCAAGUAUACUUAUGCCAUAAAAGUAUAUUUGCCGGACAAAUGGCUCUUGGUGUCAUAGGGACCCUGAUACUGAUGCUCUCAAACAUCUGCUUCUCUGUGGGGUCUCGUCCACGUUUGGAUGACUUUCCGCCAAAGAUCCUGGAGGACCCCUCCGAUCUGAUUGUGUCAAAGGGUGAGCCGGCCACCCUGAACUGCAAAGCAGAGGGUCGGCCCACACCCGUGGUGGAAUGGUACAAAGACGGCGAGCACGUCGAGACAGAUAAGGACGACCCGCGUUCCCAUCGCAUGCUGUUGGCCAGCGGCUCCCUGUUUUUCCUCCGUAUCGUUCACGGGCGCCGCAGCAAACCAGAUGAGGGUGUUUACACUUGUGUUGCCCGCAAUUACCUCGGAGAGGCUGUUAGCCGAAACGCCUCGCUGGAAGUAGCCGUUCUCAGAGAUGACUUCCAGCAGCCACCCAGUGAUGUGGUGGUAGCAGCCGGGGAGCCCGCUGUGAUGGAGUGUGUCCCUCCCCGGGGUCACCCCGAGCCCAGAGUCUCCUGGAAGAGGAACAAUGUUCGUGUCAAUGACAAGGACCCCAGGAUCUCUAUGCGUGGUGGUAAACUGAUGAUAUCUCACACCCGAAAAAGUGACGCAGGCAUGUACGUGUGCGUGGGUACCAAUAUGGUGGGCGACAGAGACAGCGAUCCAGCCGAACUGGUGGUGUUUGAGAGACCUGUGUUCAUUCGCCGGCCAGUAAAUCAGAUUGUACUGGCUGAGGAGACAGUCGACUUCAUAUGUGAGGUGCACGGAGAUCCGGCUCCAACUGUACGAUGGAAUAGAGAUGAGGGAGAACUUCCAAGGGGAAGAUUUGAGAUUCGCAGUGACAAUACCCUCCGUCUGAUACGGGUGAGAGCGGAGGAUGAGGGCACUUACACUUGUGUCACAGAAAACAGCGUGGGCAAAACGGAAGCCGCAGCCGUACUACAGGUCCACGUUCCCCCCCAGAUUGGUGUACGUCCACUGGAUCAAGUUGCUGCCCAAGGACGAACUGUCACUUUGCAGUGUGGUACCCAGGGAAACCCCCCUCCAGCAGUUUUCUGGCAAAAAGAAGGCAGUCAGAUGCUGCUUUUCCCUGGCCAACCUCCGUCCCAGUCGGGCCGUUAUUCUGUGUCCAUGAGUGGAGAUCUGUCCAUCUCUGAUAUUCACUCGGAGGACUCAGGCUACUAUAUCUGCCAGGCGAUCAGUGUGGCAGGAAGUGUCCUUGCCAAAGCUCGACUGGAAGUGGAAACCGGCCCAUCAGAUCUCAUCCCACCAAUUAUCCGUCAGGGUCCAGCCAAUCAGACUCUCGGCUUAGGCUCCAGCGCCCUACUCCAGUGCCAUGUGAUGGGCAGACCGUUCCCCAGCGUCAGGUGGGAGAAAGACGGGCAAAACAUUCUGGCUGAUGACAUUCACAUAAGCCUAAUGGAAAACGGCACUUUACACAUCAACGGCGUGAAGGAGACAGACUCAGGGACGUACACCUGUGUUGCAUCCAGUUCCACCGGUGAGACAAGCUGGAGUGGGACUUUAGCAGUGAAAGUAACCGGAGCGUCCUCUCUUCCGGUGAUCUCACGGGUUCUGCAGCUGCCUGGUCCUCCUCAGAAACCUGUGGUGACAGAAGUGACCUCACACAGUGUCACUCUCACCUGGCAGCCCAACCCACAUGAGGGCGGAGCAGCUGUCACUUCUUACGUCAUUGAGGCUUUCAGUCAGUCAGUGGGCAGCACAUGGCAGACAGCGGCUGAUCUUGUAAAGCAGGAGAAACACACCGUGUCUAAGCUCCAGCCCAAUACGGUGUACCUGUUCAUCAUUCGGGCGGUAAACUCCUACGGCCUAAGCGACCCCAGUCCCAUCUCAGAGCCGGUCCGAACACAGGAUGCCCCAGAAGGUCAGGUAACAGACCAGGGACCUGUGCAGAUGGACUCGGGUGGAGUCAAAGUUCGUCUUCAGAAACCAGAAGUUUUGAGCCCAAAUAGCAUUAAAGUCACGUGGACUCUCGACCAGCACCCUCGAUAUAUUCAAGGGUACAGGUUGUAUUACAGGCCUGUGGGGAGCGCUUGGAUGGUCCAGGAUAUUAAAACAGCAUCCCUACGCACUGCUGUCUUAACAGAUCUAAACAUAGGAAAAGAAUACGAGCUUAAAAUCAGACCGUAUUACAAUGAGUUGCAGGGCAUGGACAGUGAUAUCACAAUGUUUCGCAUACCAGAUAAAGUGCUGAGCCCGCCUCAGGAAGUUAAAGUGGAGCAGAUAAAUAACAGUUCAAGCGUGCGAGUGUCAUGGCAGCCUCCUCCCUCUUAUUCACCAGACCAGAUCAUACUAGAAUAUAGGGUGUGGUGUAUAGGAAAUGAGUCUCAGCAGGUGAUGAACAGAAGUGUGGAUGGAGAUGUGCCGUGGGUGCUGUUGGAUGGACUGUUGCCCGAGUCGACGUAUCGCGUGCAGGUCGCGGCGGUGACAAAUUCGGGAUUGGGCAUUUACAGUCAGCCAGCGUUCAUCUACCUGAAAGUACCAAUAGAUCAAUCUCUGUCAGUGAUGAAGGAUGAUAGUGUGAGUCUAUCAGAGCAGAUCACUGUGGUGGUCCGUCAGCCAGCUUUCAUCGCUGGAAUUGGUUUGUCCUCGUGGAUGGUUUUAAUGGGAUUCAGUGCCUGGAUCUAUUGCAGACACAAGAGGAGGAAAGAGCUCGGCCACUACACAACCUCCUUUGCUUACACACCUGCAGUUGCUCUUUCUCGUGGCGAAGGAUCCGAUCUUAUCAACGGAAGGCCAUUUUUGCUUGAGUCCCAUUUGGGUAACUAUCCCUGGCUGGCUGACUCCUGGCCAACUGGCAACUUCUCUCGUAAUGGAAAAGACUCAGUCAACUGCUGUGCGGGCAGACUUGAGACUACAGAUCAAUACAACACUUCAGGAUUAUCAAAUUACCUAAACCAGACAGGAAAAUACAGCCCAGCCUCUAAUGAAGGAGGCAUAUACUGCACCAUCAACCCAUCCGACGCAGAUGUCCAUGACCUAUGCAGUCUGUAUUCUCAAGGGCCAGACCCGUACACCAGCACACCAGCCCUCUCUAAGACGGACCUCUACAGCCAGGAGCAGGACUUGGAUCAGUGGAGCCUUCAGUCCGGACAAAGCGGAGCUGAAUAUGCAAAACUUCAAUACCCACGAGGGGAAAUUGCCAAAAGGACAAAGCAAAGGUCUCAGGGGCAAACCUGUUCACCCACCUGGUCUGAUGUGCUGUCUGCAUCAUCAACAACAAACAGGGAGUGUAAAACUGCGGACAAGAAACACAGCCCAGAGGCUGAUGAAGAUUGGUGUCCUCCUCUUCCUGAGCGCAUGUAUUUAAUCGAGGGUUUGGAGGACGUAGCCACGCUCCCCUUAAGAGAAGAAACCAGCAGGGCCACAACCUACAGCAUGCAGUCCACAGCAACCCUGACACCCUCACCCAGAGAGGAGCACUGUCCAGCUGACCCACGCUUACAGCAUCCAGACCUGCUGACACGAAUGACACAAUCCGCACACAAUGCACAAUUGACCCUCUCCAACCCAAAGCAGUUAGCCAAGAUGGAUUGUCAUAACGGCAGUGUUUCCCAUCACAGCAGCCCUUGGAGAGACAUAGCUGCAAUAGAAGAACUAUUCCCCAACAAGACAGACACAAGAGAAUUUACAUCAUUCCCGUCGUCCAUUCAGAAGCCCAGACCUAAAAAGAAGUCAUCAAAAGAUCCUGCGAGGCGAGAAGUGUCAAAUUCAGCAAAUUUGCCUCCACCCCCAGAACCCCCUCCUCUGACAGAAGACCCCACAAGGCACCUGACAGACAUAUUGAACAAUGGUGGUAACAAAACCACCCCACAUCACAGAGAGAGAUCAGACCGCAGAACAGCAGCUCAGUGGAGAACAGAAGAUGAAGAGUUUAUCCAGUAUUUCAAAGCAAACCUGCUGUCCGGCGGUCAGAUGCCCAAUCACUAUUCCCUCUCCAGAAGCUCCGCCUCUCAAUCCUCCACAACUUCUCGAUCCAUGGGGGCAGGAAGGAGGAGGAAUGAGAACAUGAUAUGAGGAGAAGUUGCUCAUCAUUUGUCUACAUGCAACGUAAGCCGUGCAGUGUAUAUGACCCACGCUUUGGUCCUUCUGCGUUUGUUAUUAUUUUCUGUGAAUGCAUUUUUUUUUUUUUU